AUGCAAAGGCCAAAAGGUCACGAAGUAUUGGCUUUCUUUCGCAACGUUUCACCCGGUAGUUAAAAAUUCUAAACAAAUAUUGAUAGAACAUUGGAGUCUGAUAUAUGAUCAGCCCUGGCUGAAAACAAUUCCUUCAAAACCUUCGACAGUCUCCUACAUAAAGGGAAAAUCCCCUAGAGACUUGCUUGUGAGAGCAAAAAUAUAAUUUGAAGGCGACAAUGCGACGCGACCACAAAAGCCACACGGAGAGUCCGUGUCGGUCUGUCUUUAUUCUCAAAUUUACAUUUGUAUUGGAAAAUUGUUGAUCGGUUUUUUGGAGGUCGAGCGAACAAGCUUACCAAAUCGAAAAAGCGAUUGAUGUCCCAUGAUGCAAACACUGUCUCUACUACCCGUUAAACCUCGGUAUCUAGUUAUUACUAUAGAGAAUCCACACAAAUAUUGUAAUAAUCUAUAUGCGUGUUGUCAUCUCCGAUUAGCAUGCUUAGCAACAUCUAAAACUGUCUCAAAGGAGUAGAACUAAAGUAAUUUGAUGUUUUCUUGACUUUUCUUUUUAGAUCAAUGCCGUAUCUUAGCAUUUCCAUCCACUCUGUUCUUCGUAGGAGAACGUCUAAUUAACCACACCAUAGUAAACAUCAGUGUGAUUGACAGGGACACGUGUGAAUAUCGUUGCUACCUGCACUAUAACUGUGUCAGUGUUAACUUUUACUUUGGGCAAAAUGGAGCAGAAGCACACAAUUGUGAACUAAAUAACUCAACGGGUAAAGAACACGAGAGGGAUCUGGUGAAAGCAACGAGCUACGUAUACCACGGAACGAAUGUACGAGCUAUUACAUAUCAAUGUCAAUUCUUUGGCUUUUAGCAUUGAAUUGGCGCUGAAGGCAUAUUCUUUAAAAUCGUAUUUAGAAAGGAUUAUGUACAAAUCAUGCAUUAUUUCUAUUAAGUGCUAUAAAGGGCGGUGCCAUUAAUUAUCUCUUGUAGAUUUAGUUCGAAAUAAUACUUAACAACUACUCACCUGAGUGGAAAUGGCUGGUGGUGGCGAAGUGGCAGGGUAAAUAUUCACCGCUGGCCGCCGACACUGAGGUAAAUAGUUGUUUUAGUGUAUGCUAAAACAGCGAGAUGAUACACAGAAAAAUGAUUCUAGCAAAUUUAUUCCUGCAUGAUUACCAUUUUCAGGCGCGAAUCCCGCGCAAAUUGCCAAGAGGUGAAUAGCAACGGAUAUUUGGAGUUUGAGUAGCCAAUUAGAGCGCGCCUUAAACACUAUCUACUUAUAAACUAAAGUUUGUUAUGAUUCCUGAAGGACGCUCGAGGCCAUUAAGGAAAGCUCUUCAUUCACCACGAUCUUUUACAUCUGUAGUCGCCCAAGAGAAAAUAGGUGAAAGCUUAGAUUUUUAUGGGAAAAAUAUUUUUAUAGCUCUUUCAACUAAAUGAAGAACAAUUAAAAAAAAUUAGUUUCAUCUGCAAUUUUUUCGUCGAGUAAAAAGUUAAUGCAAUUGUUAGUAUUUUAAUCUUACAUUGAUUUUUUCUGUCUUCAAGUUUACUAAACUUCUUCAGGGUAAAAGGAAGCAUAAAAGUACAAAUUUAUGAAAAUGCAUUUAAAUGGCAGUUAAAAAUAAUAAAAAUAUUAUUUUAUUCAAACCGAAAUAUAUUAGCUUGAAGACAUAUUGUCCUAAUGGUAAGUAUGUGGGAUUGUAAAUCAAAAAGGUUUAAUUGAUCUUUCAGCGCUUUUCGCUUGUGGUGCCCUUGGGAAGAAUAUCUGGCGCCCAAAAUCCCAUGCUAAUUCAUUUUGGUUGAUUCAUGCUAAAGAAACCUCCUGGGAUUAGUCCUCGAAGUUAGGUAAAUUUAUCUCUGAUACAGGCUCUCCUUUCGAGUUCAGUAACGGGCCUUUUUUUCCGUUUUUCUUCAAGAAUUUUUGUGCGCAAUCACCAUGCAAGAACACCGGAACUUGUCAGUCGGGUUUUACAAAACAACGGUAUCGAUGUCUAUAUCCUAAAGGAUUCAUCGGCCACGAUUGUGAAACAGGUAAGUCUUAAAAUAAAAUAUAAUUUGGUUUUAUCAACAGAGUUGCUAAUGUUAAUCGUUCACCUUAAAGAGCUCCUGAAGCUGACGUCUCGAGCGUUUGCCAUUCGUCAGAGCGAAUAAAGGAAUUCGGGGUUGCACCUCUCUGUUUAUAUGUGGAAAAUGGAGCUAUGUUAUUUCAAUGUUCUCUACAUCGAGGCAUGCAUGUAGUUCAGCGGGGUGCACUGAAUUUGUUUGCGGAGUUUUUGCCAACGUUUAUUUCUCCGUUUACUCUAAUUAUUAAACAUAUUAACGUGAAUGACCUACUUUAUUAGUAUGAGUACAACACGACUCAGCUACCUGGGUGUGAAUCGACCAAGCUGAGUAAAAAAUCGACUGGGUACGAGACACCCUUGGUACAAAAAGACUGGAAACGGGUUUAAAUAUUACGCCAACCAGCAUGAUUCGGUCAUCUGUCACUUAUUACACUUAACCUUAGCUUCAAAGUGUAAUUUUCUUGCGAAGUUUUUGCCAUCUUUCCUUUGAGAGUGAUGGAUAGUGAAAAGUAUCAAUCGUUGCUCCAUUGUUGACCAUUUGGUUUCGGCCUUUGUCUUAUUGGUGUGUUUAGCUUUUGGGCUAGACAUUUUACUCUAUGAUACCCUUCUUUGUCAGGAAAUAGAAUUUUAAACAAGAUAUUUAAGGUGUUUAAUUUCUCGAACGGAGGCAGACUUCAGGGACUUUCAGGGUGUCACUGGUGAGGAAAUAGAAAUUGAAUUAACAAGAGAUUUAAGGAGGGUGGAAAUAAAACAAGCAGCCAGCGAAAGUAUGAUUUUUCUCCCUUUGUUGUUAAUGGUAAUAAAUUCGUUUAUUUCUGUUUAUUCUUAUCGUUAUAUAAAGUUUAUGUAGGUAUGUACGUAAUUGUAAUAUUGAGAUAUGUAUUUUUUUUCAAUGACCAUUGGGAGACUAGUCUCUUAGUUUUACCUUUGUUUAUCCACGAAGCCGUAUAUGCUUAGCAUCAAUGAAUGUAUUUGACGUGACUGAGGUUCUUCUCAUAUUAAAACAGAUGCAGAUGAGUGUCAGUUGGGCUCAUUUACCUGCCAUGCACAAGCGAACUGUGUCAAUGAUGUCGGAUCCUACCACUGCACCUGUCAAGCUGGCUAUGUUGGUGACGGAAAGCACCUUUGUACAGGUGUGUUAGCUUUCUAUGGAGCAAGUUCUGUUCUCUGCUCUCAGUUGGAGUGCAGUAAUUUGAGAAUAACGUGGGUUACUGGAUUACAUACAAUCACAACAAGUAAUGCGUCAAGUACGAUAACCACAAAUCCAAUUCCUUUCUAAUAGAGUGCGUUCAGUUUUGAACUAAGCUGAGCAAAACGCAACUGUCUUCAGCGGCUCAGCAGAUCCUUCUUUUGGCAACUAUGACGUUUGAUUAAUCGUUCAAAACUAGGCUGACAAAUAUAAACCCUUUGCGCAAUGGUUGUUUAAUAGUUUAAAGGAAAUUUUUCAGUUUGGAAAUCUUUGGUAAUUAACAUGAGUAGAGAGAAAGCAGUGAAUGAAACAGCUUAUUGUAGUUGAAGACUGGGCUAUUUUGAAUAACCAGACUUCUUAUAUUUCAGUUUUUAAGGUCUCUUUGCAUGAUUUCUUCGAAGCAGAUUAAGUCGCUGUCUCUGAAUAUCAACAGAAAUAAGAAUAAUCAUCUUAACACAAAGCAAUCUUUCUUAGCUCCGAACUUACCGAAUAUUAAAUUUGCGAGUACUCUUGCCUUAAGUCCGUAUCUUCUUUCAAUAUCAUUAUUAUAAAUAUCAUAACCAUUUAUUUGUUAAUCUCUUGUUAUCACAUAAACUGCAGUGUUAUACAGGGAUUUGCGGCCCUGAGAAAAGUUGUAACAACACACGUGAAAAAAAAUCGUAUUUUUUCACGUGUGUUUAUAUAGCCAAUCAGCUGCUGACACGUCACUCACCUCUAGCGCCACUCGGUCAGGUUAAUGAAUGAACGGCAAAGUCUUCACGAUUCUCAAUACAAGUUGUUUGUCGGAGGUUUCUCGAAUUAUGGCGGCUAAAGCACUGAAAAAUCCGUAUCGCUGACAGUGAGGUUCAAACUUUCUUCGAAGGGGAAGAAAACCAAUGUACUAAAAGAAAAACCAAAAGUUACUUAUUCAUUGGCUUUGGUGUUAGCGUUUCUCUCGGCUGAGAGUGAGAAUCGACAGCUGGAAGAUUUGUCACUGGCCGACUUUGGCCGUGUAUCUGAAAGACUUCUUCUAUAGUAAGGACAAUAAAUGAGAUUUUUUUUUAAAUUGAAAAUUACGACCAUUGUUGUUUUUGUAAUCAUUAUUCAACGCAAUUUGCAUCUUAAGAGUUAGCGCCAACGCACUCUACGACUGUUAUUUGGGGAUUGUUGAUUCAUUUAUUUUCAUUCAUUAAAGAGGUAGGCUUUUCUUCUCAGUAAGGGGCUAUUGUGGUUUUAUGAUAAACAAAAUAAUACACGGUUGCUUGUAGAUAUGGAAUUCCUCUUCUCGUGUUCAACUCGACAUCCCACUCGUUGGCUGCGCUCAUUCGUAAGCUAUCGAGUUAAAAACUCGAAGAGAAAUUCCAUAUCUACGCGCGCCCAUGUAUUAGUCUCUAUUUCUCUUUUUCACGUUUUUUUUUUAAGAAAUCCGUGUCUCUGAAGAUAACCAUGAUAAUUAUUGAAACCAAACAACUGCAUAAUACCAUUUCAAUCUUACUCAGAGGACCAAGUAACCCUUUCGUGGAUUAAGCAUAAUACUAACCAAUUAAAAUCUCAAUUUGACUUAAGCUGUUACUAUUUGUUGAUUGCAAAUGUAGACGUGGAUGAAUGUCGAAUGGGUACCUACUAUUGCCACGAGUUUGCUCAAUGUGUAAAUGUGAUUGGCUCAUAUGAUUGUGUUUGCCAACCUGGAUAUACAGGAGACGGAGAACAGUCCUGCACGGGUAGGUUUGCUAGUUAA